AUGGGGUGUGCCAUCUACGCGGCCAUCCUUGUGGAUCUGGAGGUGAUAACUGUUCCUGGCUGUAGCCGUGUACAGAUGGGUCAAGCUGCCCCAGUUGGAGCCAAGCAGCGGGGAGGUGUCCAGCAUCACUUCAGCCCGGAGAACUGCAGGUUCCGGCAGAGGACUCUGGAGAACGGCUACGACAUCUACCUGUCGCCGCAGCAUCACUACCUGGUGAGCCUGGGCCGCGCCAAGGGCCCCUUCCAGCCCGGCACCAACCCGCCGCCCUUCUCGCAGUUCCUGGCGCGCAGGAACGAGGUCCCGCUGCUGCGCUUCCACACCGCGCGGCCACGGCGCCACACGCGCAGCGCCGAGGACCCUCCCGAGCGCGACCCCCUGAACGUGCUCAAGCCGCGGCCCCGUGCCACGCCCGUGCCCGUCUCCUGCUCCCGGGAGCUGCCGAGCGCCGAGGAAGGUGGCCCCGCGGCCAGUGACCCACUGGGCGUACUGCGCAGAGGCCGCGGGGACGCGCGCGGGGGCGCCGGGGGCGCGGACCGCUGCCGCCCCUUUCCCAGGUUCGCCUAG